UUUACUCAUCCGUCAGGUGAGGGACAGCCUCUUUCUGUCUUCUUUCGCGAUCCCACCGGUCGCCUACGUCAGUGUAACGGCGACUCUGGCAUGAUGUAUACGCUAAAGGGAUGGCGCGCCACGGCGACGCUCCUCCUGCUCGCCUUGUGUCGCGGAGAUCCACUUGGACAAGGAGAGCGACAGCUACAGCAGCGAUACAGCGAUCCUGUGGUACCACCGUUUCCGCAGCACCUCGCACCACCCUGGGAAUACAUUCUCCGUGAGAUCAUCCUGAAGUCGAUCAACCCUCCAUCGCCGUCGGAUGCCGGCAUGCCUCAUAAACGGCCGCUGGACGCCACUUUCUACGGGGGUCCGCUUGCCACGCACUCCAACGAUGACACGAAUGUCAUCCUGUCGCGCGGCAACGUGUACCGCCUGCUCAACGGUCACUGGAUGCUGUGCCAGAAUGGAUGCGUCGACUGCGAGCUCUGCGCGGCGCAAAGGGAUCCCUCGUUCAAGUGGACCCUGCGAAGGGUCGAGCGGUCUCCGAGUGCCGAUCCUCCGCGCCACGAGCUCCAGCUGACGAUCACACCGCAGACGGAUGAUCGUUUGCACGCGAGCGAUUUCUGGCCGAAUUCCUACGUCUACGUGACGUCCCAGGGACAACGAGGAGCGUCGAUUGUGAGCGUCGGGACGCCGCCACGCGAUGGUGGACUCUCCGACCCGGAAAUCUCCACGACUUCCGGCCUCGAGGACAGUUUCUCCGCGCAGCAUCAGCGAUCGCGAAAUCCCUGGCGCUUAGCGGAACGAGAUUCGGCUGCUAAUCGUGAUGAUGAUCGCACUACCACGCGCGAGAGUGUUUCUAGCACUGAGGCAGUCGGAAAAGAAGAAUUUCCGGAGCAGAAGCAGAGGCCCAGGAAUAUGAGACCUCGGUACCGACCUCGGCUGAGAGCCACGGAGAAUCUUGGAGAAGAAGUGAGUCAACUGGCGCCGAAGCUGAUCCUGGGAACCGAUCGCCGCGGUCAGAAACACCUGAUCCACGUGGUACCGGCCGAUCACCCACCAUCUAUCACCGGGAACCCCGAUGUUGCGAAUCAUUUGGCACCUUCGCAGUUCAUAGUCAAUCAGACGAUGCGCUCGAACGACACAGUAGUUCCAAAACGCGAGAGGCAAACUUACCAACAGAUAUUCCGCCGGAUCUUUGAGUCUCUGAAUGCGCACAGGCGAUCGAUCCAGGAUUUCCUCGAGGCGGAUAACGUGAGCAGACAUCAUCAGACGUCUCCUGCCAUGGACGUUGCCAGAUUCACCUGGAAUAAUCAUACAGUUGGCAAUUUCGCGCCGUUACACCGUGGCGAUACGGCAUUGUCGCCUUACGUGGAGAGCAAAGGUAGAACAGCGGAAAAAUGGAGACACGAAGAUACAAAGCGAAACGUUAACGAUUAUUACGCGAGGUACUGGGAUACGAAUUACGCUGAAAGGUCGCGUAGCCAGUCACCAAUGAGUUUCAAUUGGAGCGAAGAACGGAGAAAGGUGCGCGUCCAACCGUACUCCACUAAUAGUAGAGGCAUUUCGGGAAUAAGUUCAUCGAUCUCGUCACAAACAUCGGGGAAUUUCUCGGCAGACGUCGGUUCGAGGUCUGGCUUCGGUAAUAGCUUCGUUAAUGGCACGCUCAUCGGUAAAGCGAAUAACAAUUCCAUCAAGCCGAGUCCGAUAACGACAAGACGCGGGAACGAUCAAUUACUCAGGUCGGAGAGGCUGAAAAGUGGCGAUGCUAAUCGAGAAUUCGAGGCUUCGCACCAUCCUUUCCGGAUAAUCGUUACCACCGAGUCGCCGGUAAUUCGUGGGAAACACGAAGCUCUAAAUCACACUAAAACAUUACAAAUAACUACGUUGAAGACAUUCGAAUAAAGAGUGAUGGCAACAGAGAUGGCAGUUAAUCGCGAUAUCAUCGUAAUUACAGGUCUGCGUGUAAUUGCAGGAAAUAACUUAUCCGCAGUUUGCUCAAGUUAUAACAGCACCGACGUUUAUCUCAAAGUAAUCCUAAAUCAUAAAUAAAUAUU